AUGGACGAAAAGCCCUCGAUAUCUCCGGUCCAGCCGGAACGCCGACCCUUGCACCAAAGUACAUCAUCAUCUCCAACGCUGAGAGAAGUGCCACACGCCCACGACAUCGAGAAGAAUACAGGGCCGAAGUUGCUUUCGACGGGCCAGCUCUCUGGUGCAGAUGAAUCCGGCGAGAUCGACUGGGCCGGCCCCGACGACCCCAAGCUGCCCAUCAACUGGUCGCAGUCAAGAAAAUGGCGAAAUGUCAUGAUAGUCUCGACAUUGACCUUUCUUACGCCGUUUGCGUCUUCAAUGUUCGCGCCGGCGAUCGAUCAGGUGAUGGAGGAGAUGAAAACUUCUAACCGCGAUGUCGGUUCGUUCGGCGUUUCGAUUUACCUCCUUGGCUAUGCGUUUGGGCCCCUCCUGCUUGGGCCCUGCAGUGAGCUAUAUGGGCGCCUGAUAGUCUAUCAUGUCUGUACCGUCUUGUUUCUCAUCCUCAACGUGGCCUGCGCGCUCGCCGUCAAUAUGCCGAUGCUCAUCAUCUUCCGCUUCUUGACCGGCCUUGUCGGUGCAUGUCCUUUGACCAUCGGGCCCGGUACCGUCUCGGAUUGCUUUCGGCAGGAAGAACGCGGCCGUGCUAUGGCCGUCUGGACGAUGCCAGUUCUCCUCGGGCCAUGUCUAGGACCUGCAAUUGGAGCCUAUGUCUCCCGAGCACUGGGCUGGAGGUGGACCUUUGGCUUCUCAUCAUUAUGGUAUGUUAUAAGCCUUCGAGAGACACACCCUCCCACGCUUCUCAAGCAAAAGGCCAAGGCGUUGAGAAAGUCAACAGGAGAUGCUAGUAUCCGAGCUGCUUCCCAGGCCACCAUGUCUCGGGGACAACUAUUUUCGACAAGCAUCACCCGACCUAUCAAGAUGCUUUUCCGCUCUCCAGUCAUCUUUGGGUUGUCUCUCCUCACCGCUGUCGCCUACGGCACGUUAUAUCUCCUGUUCACUACCGUGACGGAGGUGUUUUCGACGCGCUACGGUAUUGUCACGAAUGUUGGCCUCGUUUAUCUUGGCUUCGGCUGCGGCCAGUUUGUUGGAUUAUUUGUCUUGGGUUUGAUCUCGGACCGAAUCGUCAAGAAGGCAGCCAAAGGCGGUGAGAUGAAGCCAGAAUACCGUCUGCCCCCUAUGAUUCCCGGUGGAGCGAUGAUCCCAAUCGGCUUACUUAUAUACGGAUGGACGGCUCAGUACAAGGUGUUCUGGUUCGUGCCUAUAAUUGGCACAUUCUUGAUAGGUAUCGGGAUGAUCACGGUGUUCACGCCUGUUGGAACGUAUCUGAUCGAUGCGUUUCCAACGUAUGCUGCCAGCGCUACAGCAGCCAACACUGUCUUCCGGAGCAUUGGUGGUGCACUUCUCCCACUGGCUGGGCCUCGGAUGUAUGAUCGUCUUGGUCUAGGGUGGGGAAAUACUCUUCUGGCCGGAAUGUCCCUCUUCAUGAUGGGCAUGAUCGUCAUGUCAUUGAAGUACGGGGAACAGCUGAGGACGCAUCCAAGAUAUCAGCUUAAGCUGUGAGGGCAAUCGAACGCGAGCGCUGUGAACCCUCGGUGGCGGAGCCCAGAGCUCAGGGGUCAGCCAAGAUGUUCAGAUGGGUAUAAGCAAACUGCUCAGUGGUGGAUAGU